AUGGCUGAUGCUGCAGUGGAGUUCUAUAGAAGACAGUUCUCUAAUAAAGGGGAUACUUCUGAUUUAUCAUUAUUAGAUCAUGCACCAACCAUGGUUACAUUGGAGCAGAAUAUGGAGUUAAGUAGGAUGCCAACAUUUGAAGAAGUGAAGGGAGAUGUGUUUGAACUCAGUGGUGAAAGUGCUAGUGGUCCUGAUGGAUUUACUGGUUUGUUCUAUCAAACUUGCUGGGACAUUGUUGGUAGAGAUAUACACAAUAUGGUAAUGCACUUUUAUGGGGGAGCAACACUGCCAAAAUCCAUAACACACACUAAUCUAGUCCUAUUGCCAAAGAAGCUUAGAGUGGAGACUUUUUCUGACCUAAGACCUAUCAGUUUGAGCAAUUUUACUAACAAGGUGUUGUCUAGGGUGCUACAUGACAGAUUGGAGAAGUUUUUGCCAUUACUGAUAUCACAUAAUCAAUCAGGAUUUGUGAAAGGCAGGAGUAUCUUUGAGAACAUAUUAUUGACACAAGAGAUAGUGACAGAUGCUUCAGGAUUUUUCAAGUCAACUAGAGGGGUAAAGCAAGGUGAUCCCCUGUCCCCAGGAUUGUUCAUAUUAUCAGCUGAGGUGUUAUCAAGAUCAUUAAACAAACUGUUUGAUGAUAGAUCUUUUGUAGGGUUUGGGAUGCCUAAAUGGUCUGAUCCUUUGAAUCAUCUAGCUUAUGCUGAUGAUACCAUUAUAUUUUCAUCUGCUCAUCCUCCAUCUUUGAGCAAAAUAAUGGAAGUGUUGGGUGAUUAUGAGAAAGUAUCAGGUCAGAUGAUAAACAAAGCAAAGAGUUCCUACUACAUGCAUGCUAAGGUGGCACAUGGUCUAGUCAAAGCAGUGGGGGAUAUCACUGGUUUCACAAGAGGUAAAUUCCCUUUCACAUACCUUGGAUGCCCUAUUUUCUAUACUAGAAGGAGGAAAGAGUAUUAUGAUGAUCUUAUCAAGAAGGUGAAAGCUAAGCUACACUCAUGGAAAGGUAAGUUAUUAUCAUUUGGGGGGAAAGAAACACUCAUAUCUAGUGUAUUACAAAGCAUGCCAGUUCAUAUGCUCUCAAUACUGGACCCUCCAAAGAACAUUUUAGUACAUCUGCAUAAGUUGUUUGCAAGAUUUUUCUGGAGUACAAAGGAGGAGGGAAGAAGCAGGCACUGGUCUUCAUGGCAAAAUCUAUGUUUACCCAAAGAAGAAGGGGGAUUGGGAUUCAGAUCUCUAAAUGAUGUCUCGAAGGCUUUGUUUGCUAAGCUUUGGUGGAAGUUUAGAACCACAAAGUCUCUGUGGUCCAACUUCAUGUGGAACAAAUAUUGUAAGAAGGAGCUGCCAACAGUAGUCCAGUUUAGAAGAGGAUCCCAUGUUUGGAAGCAAAUGAUAAAUGCCAGGGAAGAAGUAGAGCAUGAGAUUCUAUGGGAGUUGAAGAGUGGAACAAAAAACAUAUGGCAUGAGAAUUGGACAGGUUUGGGAGCUCUAUAUCAUGUACUUCCUGAAGAGUUUCCUAUCAAUGAAGAGCUACAAGAUGUAGCAGAAUUAAGACUGGAAGGAACAUGGAAUGAAGAUCUACUGGAACAAAACUUUACUGAGGAGAUUGUUGAUCAUGUCAGGUCAAAUAUACAUUAUGAGGGCAAUGAGGAACAUUGGGAUAAGCCAUACCGGAUGCCAACUGCUUCAGGUAAGUUCAGUGUAACUAGUGCUUGGCAAAUUAUAAGACAUAGAUCAGAUCCUAAUCAGGAAUUCAAGCAUAUGUGGAUAAAAGGGCUUCCUUUCAAGAUAUCUUUCUUUUUAUGGAGACUAUGGAAGGGGAGAAUACCUACUGAUGAUGUUUGGAGGAGACAAGGACAGAUGGUAAUGUCUAGAUGCUGGUGUUGUCAACAACCACAAGAAGAAACUAUACAGCAUAUUUUCCUUACAAGUGCUACUGCCUCUAAAGUGUGGAAUUUGUUCAUGGGAGCUGCAGCAAUCACAGUGCCAUUGGUGCAAUUGAAACAAGUCAUCAGACACUGGUGGAAUGCACAAUGUUGUCCAAAACUAAAGCCACUAUUUCAAGCAGUUCCAACUAUUAUUACUUGGGAAUUAUGGAAGAAGAGAAAUGCAGGAAAAUAUGGAGGUUCAGUUACUACACAUAGGGUGAUCCAUGAAGUUAAUAGAACAUUACAUUAUUUGGCAAAUGUGAGGUAUGCUUGGCUACCUAAUAUUCCUUUGUUAUGGCCAGAUAUGAUCCAGUAUUUUGAAGGAUACAAACCUGUUAUAAUUACAAGAAGAAUUACUUGGCAGCUUCCUUUCCAAGGAUGGUAUAAAUGCAAUACAGAUGGUGCAUCAAGGGGUAAUCCAGGUCCUAGCUCACUUGGUUUUUGUGUGAGGAAUGAUGAAGGGGACCUAAUUUAUGCAAGGGCAGUCGACUUGGGGGAGACAACAAAUGUAGUAGCUGAGGCAAGGGCUAUUGUUCAAGGGCUAGAGUACUGUGUAGAACAUAAUCUUCACCCUCUCAUUUUGGAGACAGAUUCACUGGUGAUGAAGAAGGUGAUUGAAAAGGAAUGGGAUACUCCAUGGACAAUUAGUCAGGAAGUGAGGAGGAUUAAGGAGAUUAUGGACAAUUUCAAUGUGAUCAUUCAGCAUGUGUUCAGAGAAGGAAAUGUUGUGGCAGACUUUAUAGCUAACAUUGUUUUUUCUUUUGCAGGUACAUCAGAAUUUCAUUCAUUCUCUGAACUGCCUAGUGCAGGGAGGAGUGUGUUGUUAGGGUACAUGUCAGUGGUAUUAGCAUGGUUACAUGCUCAUUCUGAAGGUACCUUGAUAGUGCACAAGAGUUGUAGGAGAAGCAGAUUAUGGAUGGUGCAGCAUUACAUAGAAAUGAGAAGUCCAAAUAUGAAAGAACUACCUGAACGUAUGCUUGUAAGAUUCUGGAGAUUAGUAUUACACUUCCCAGUGGUAUCAGCAUGGUUUCAUGCUCAUUAUGGGAGUGUGAUGGCAAGGUUCAGAAGAAGUCAGGCAUCUAUAGUUCUGGCAGUAGUAGUUAGUCUAUGUUUGUUAUGGCUAGGUAAGGCUAAUGAUCAGCACAGGUUAAGAGAUCAAGUCGCAAUGGUCUCACAUGAACAUAUAGCCCACAAAAAGGAAGCUGAAUCUGCUCAUUGGUUCUUGCAUCUGUCUCAUUCCUCAUUACUAUCGUUCAUUUGCUUAGUUAUUAUAUGUGUACUGGGUUGUCAUAUUUCAGUGGUAUUAGUGUGUUUACACACUCAUUCUGGAGAUGAUAAUGUAGUAUACAUGAUCAUAUUGAUGAGGAAGCAGAUGGAAAAUACUUGCUGGAAUGAAACUCAUUGGAAUUACAUGAUAAAUGGAGAGAUUUUGCUGAAUUCAAUCGAUUGGUGUAGCUGUUUGGAGUCCAUAUUUGCCUUUGGAAUGCAUACCCUGGCGCCUGGUGAGAGCAUUAGAGGUGCUGCUUGCUAUUUGCCUUUGGCCAUUGGAUUCACGUACACUGACAGGAGAUUGAAACAUUCAGCUAUUCAUUUUGCCAAGAGCAUGGUGGAUCAUGCGAGAUGGCAAGCUCUACGGGAGGCCCUCGAGGGGGCCCGUGAUCAAAACUCUAAUAUAUCUGCUGAAAUCGAGAUUGCUAGGGCAGUGGAAACAAAGGCUCGGAAGCUGUCUUUUCCCGAGGAAGACUCCGAGAAUUUAAGCAAAUCCGGUGGUGGAGAAGACUCUGAGGGCAAAGAUGCCUCUUCUAAUAAGGGCCAAGCUGCUUAG